GAGAACAGUAGUGUUACGUCACAUCGUAAGUAUGGACGACGUGUAACUUUAAAAAAUUGUUCAAUUUACAAUAGUUAGUGUGUAAUUGUCGUAAAAAUGGGUGACAGUGUUAAUAUAAAAGCAAAUUCGUCUCAGAAUGAGCCAGCCAUGAAAGGAUGGCUUUUUAAAUGGACUAAUUAUUUAAAAGGAUAUCAAAGGAGGUGGUUUGUGCUUCAAAAUGGGCAUCUGUCUUAUUACAGGGCCGAAAAUAAUGGUGGUGUUACGACAUUGACAAUGAGAAGACGUCGAAGAUUCCGACAAGGGAACCAGGCCGAGAUGGCUCACACUUGUCGGGGUAGUAUUUCGUUACACGGUGCCUUGAUAUACACGGUGGAUGCCUGCACUUUCGUCAUUUCGAAUGGAGGGACCCAAACGUUUCAUAUAAAAGCGGCGUCAGAAGUGGAGCGACAACAAUGGGUUACCGCUCUCGAACUGGCGAAAGCCAAAGCCAUCGAUUCUAUUUGUGCUCCUCAAAGUCUCUCAGCCAACCGGAUUUACGUUACACGUCAUCACGUGUGUUACAAUUUGCCGACUACAGCGAAGCCAUACGCGCUCUUACGGGAAGACGAAGAAAUCGACGAUUCCGGUGAUUUAGAAGACUGGUCGGGCGUAGUUAGAAAAAUUGAAUCGCAGCUGAAUGAUUUGCAAACGUGCGCCGACGUACUGGCCAAGCACUGGAAGAAUUUAGCCAAAUCUUUAGGGGAAAUUGAAACGAAUCCGGAUCCAGAAUUGUUACAGGGGAAGAACAAGGAGGUGUGCGAGAGAGCGACGCUGUUUAGGAUCGCUUCGAAUGCCAUGGUCAAUUCUUGCGGAGAUUAUUUGAAAUCGGCCCAAAAUCAUGGGCACAAACUGGUAAGAGCCUUGCAACACGAAAAAGAACAAAGGGGUAGGUUACAGGAGAUGGUCGAGACGCUUGCGCAACAACAUUCUAAAUUGGAACGAGCCGCAAAUGCCCAUUCACAGAUUCCAGCAGUUAAAAUUGAUGAACCUACAAAUAAAUUCAUAAUCAGUGCUUUAGAGGUUCUGAAGAAGGUCACUCUAUCUGAUUCGGUUAUUCGUCUUGCAGUUAAUGCGGACAAUAACGAGGAGGACGAAUUUUACGAUGCACUACCGGAAGGCGGCGGUACACCAGGCCAAACCACCGAAGACCAUUUCACUUUGAGCACCCGGGCCGGUCACGAACACGGGCACGACCACGGGCACAGGCAAACCAGCUCUGGCAGUUCCAGCGAAACCGAAGAACCGCAAAGCACCAAACACGCAGUCUCCAUCACCGCCAAGCCAACCGCAAAGCGGUCCGAAGCGAGAUCGGGGCUUAGCAGUGGCAUCAGCAGCGCCGGUGCGUCGACCAUCGCUUUCGGCGGAUCGACGAUCGCUCUCCCGGGCACGGCGAUCGCUUCCAAAUUAUACAGAUCAUUAGGCGAAUCUCCCCAGGAAACCGUGCGUCAACGGCGUACCAGGAUACCAGACAAACCGAACUAUCCGCUCAAUCUGUGGAGCAUCAUGAAGAACUGCAUCGGAAAAGAUCUGUCAAGGAUUCCCAUGCCGGUAAAUUUCAACGAGCCGCUAUCGAUGCUGCAAAGGCUCACCGAGGAUUUCGAGUAUUCGGAAAUUCUGGAUAUCGCCGCCAAGAAGGUAAAAAUAGGUAUCCAAAUAAAAACUAAUUACAGGUGCACCGAUCCAUGUGAACAGCUCGCUUACGUGGCCGCUUUCACGAUUUCUUCCUAUUCGACGACCAGCAUCAGAACAGGCAAGCCAUUCAAUCCGCUGUUAGGUGAAACCUACGAAUGCGACAGAACGGACGAUCUGGGUUGGCGCAUAAUCAACGAACAGGUGUCCCAUCAUCCGCCUAUGGUUGUUCCAAUGGGUACUGCCCAAGUAGAAUUUAGAAAUGGAAACAGAUAUUCUUGGAGAAAAGUUUGCACUACUGUACAUAAUAUAAUUGUAGGAAAGCUGUGGGUUGAUCAGCAUGGUGAUAUGGAAAUUACAGGCAAAAAAAAUGCCACCGGAAUCAAGUGCAUCCUAAAAUAUAUUCCUUACUCUUAUUUCACUAGGGAUUCGCAGAGGCGCGUUAAAGGAGUGGUCGUCGAUGUUGACAGUAACGUAAAGUUUGUGGUCAACGGUACAUGGGACGAUCAAGUAGAUAUAGCACCAGUUACCGGUUCAUCUGAUAUUAAUAGUUCUAUCUACGAAACCGGCCAGCCGAUCAUAGCUUGGAAACGUCGCUAUCCUCCGCCGGAUGCCGAAAGGUUCUACAACUUCACCUUGUUGGCGGCCCAGUUGAACGAACCCGAGGAAGGCGUGGCGCCGACCGAUUCCCGUUUGAGACCCGAUCAAAGGCUCAUGGAGGAAGGCCUUUGGGACGAAUCGAACAAGGAGAAGCUCAGAUUGGAGGAGAAACAACGGGCCACCAGGCGGCGGAGACAGGCCGCCGAGACGGAUAGUGCUUCUGAGAAUGGAUCAUUAAUAGAACCGCAUUCUCCGGUAUGGUUCGAACAAGUGAAAGACGACGAAAUGGAUGACGUGUCCCAUUACGUUUACAACGGCAAAUACUGGGAUGCAAAAGCAGCACAAGACUGGUCUAUGUGUCCUGAUAUAUUUUAAUUAGACACUCUUAUAAUUUAUUUUAGAACUCCCAACAUUUUCUCUCCAGUUCCAUAUCGAUUUUAAUUUUUAUUUAUUUGUAUGGCUAAGGAAUUGUACAGGUAAUGGAUAUAACCGAGUAUUAUAAGUGGUUUGUUGAAAAAAAAAAAACGGUGUACUAAUAUUUACUUAUUUUGUUUUUUUUUUUUUUUGUAAAUAUUGAAAAAU